AUGAACGGUAUCAUUCACAACUGCACCCACAAGGAUGCUGGAGAAGACGUUUCUUUCCGUCUCUCGGAGGAAGAAAUGUUUAUAAGAAUUUUCAACUACAUAGAGCACUUGUUUGGCAAAAUAAAGCCCAAACAGCUCUUUUUCAUGGCGAUUGACGGCGUGGCACCCAGAGCUAAAAUGAACCAACAACGGGCUCGUCGCUUUCGUACUGCUCUGGAUGUUGAGAAGGCCCGCGAGAAAGCCAUCAAAGAGGGCGUUGAGAUGCCCAAGGAAGAGCCGUUCGAUAGCAAUUGUAUCACACCAGGAACUGAAUUCAUGGCCAAGCUUUCACAGCAGUUGCGAUACUUUGUCAACAAAAAGAUCUCGGAAGAUGCCGACUGGCAAGGGUGCGAGAUUGUUCUUUCAGGCCACGAGGUUCCUGGCGAAGGAGAACACAAGAUCAUGGAGUACAUUAGAAACGAAAAGGCGCAGCCCAACUACAACCCCAACGUGCGACACUGUCUGUAUGGGUUGGACGCAGACCUCAUCAUGCUGGGACUGCUCAGCCAUGAUCCCCAUUUUUGUCUUCUUCGAGAAGAAGUCACCUUCGGACGAGCAUCCAAGACCAAGUCAAAGGAGCUUGAGCAUCAAAACUUUUAUCUUCUUCAUCUUUGCAUUGUACGGGAAUACCUCGAAAUGGAGUUUCAGGAACUAUACAAGGAGGGAACGCUAAGCUUCCCAUUUGAUCUCGAAAGAGUUAUUGAUGAUUUUAUUUUGAUGGCUUUUUUCGUUGGAAAUGAUUUCCUGCCAAAUCUCCCCGGUCUUCAUAUCAACGAGGGCGCAUUGGCCAACAUGUUUAGAAUCUACAAGACGGUUCUGCCCACUUGCGACGGUUAUAUCAAUGAGAAUGGUGUUAUUCACAUGGCUCGAUUAGAGAAGCUGCUGCUGGAGUUGAGCAAGCUUGAGCUGGUGUCAUUCGAGAAUGACAUUUCAGAUGAAAAAUGGUUUGCAUCGAAACAAAUGGAGAAGAAGCUCGAAUCGAUGAACGACACAAGCAACAAAAACACAAAAAACGGGCAGUUGGUCAUCACUUCGUCUCAGCGCGAUCUGUGGAAACAGACCAUUCGUCCCUUUGUAUCGAAACGCUCUGAUGAAGUCUUGGAUCUCGGCACAAGUCUCAAGGCAGCAGACCGCAAGUUCGCGCAGGAUAUAGCGGAUGCGAUGCACCUAGACUGGUCAACAAAGGAAAAUGAACAUGGAGAUCGCCACCUUGUGUUGUCAUUCCCUGCGCGACCCGGAGGCGACGAAGACGGAGAUGAUGAAGAGGAGGAAGGGAAUUUGGCUGCAUUUCGUGUCAUAAAGUCAUAUGACAAGGCCAAAGUUGUCGAUAUGACAUCGGAAGAGGCACGGCAGCAAUAUGGAAAGCUCUACAAUGAGAAAUAUGCUGGAUGGAAAACCAAGUAUUACUUGCAAAAGUUUCCACAGUGGGCUCCGGAAAAGUAUGAAAAGGAGCAAAUUAGCCUGUGCCAAAAUUAUGUGCAAGGCUUGCAGUGGGUGCUCUUCUAUUACUACAGGGGUAUCGCUUCGUGGCCAUGGUUUUAUGGUUAUCACUAUUCUCCUCUAAUUUCUGAUGUCGCCAAGGGCCUCGAUGCCGAUCUCAACUUUAAAAAAGGACAGCCUUUCAAACCCUACGAACAGCUUAUGGGCGUAUUGCCUGACCGAAGUAAGAAGAUAGUACCCAAGGUGUAUCACGACCUAAUGACGAACCCGAAUUCACCAAUCAUCGAUUUUUAUCCUCGUGACUUUGAGCUCGACAUGAAUGGCAAGAAGAUGGACUGGGAAGCCGUCGUCAAAAUCCCCUUCAUCGACGAAAAACGACUACUGGACGCCAUGGCCACCAAAAAUGAUCUAUUAGAGGAGGACGAAAAGUCACGAAAUGGGUUUGGUGUUCCGAUCAAGUUCACUUAUUCUGCAGAUGUCAACUUCACAUAUCCCUCUCCUCUGCCGGGAAUCUUCCCCGAGGUCCAAAACUGCCGCUGUAUUGAAAACAUUUUCGAUCUGCCUGACAUGGAAGGCUUGGAAUAUGUUUCAGGCUUGGCCACUGGGGCGUUGUUGAAGGUCGAGGCUUUGGCAGGGUUUCCGACUCUGCAUACACUGCCUUAUACUGCCCAACUUAUCGAAGGCUAUGGCAUCAACGUCUUCCAGCAGGAUAGCAGGAAUCCGAGUAUUGUUGUCACCCUGACCGAUACGAAUAUGCGCACCAGUAUCGAAACUUUCAAGGCUAAAUUGGGCCAGCGAUGCUAUGUGGGCUACCCUUUCCUUCAGGAAGCUAAGAUUAUGAAGGUCCAAGACGAGCUCUUCUCUUACGAGCUUGCUGAAAACGGCCAAGAUGUUGUCGUCAAAGACCAUUCUAAUCGAGAAGCUUCUGACUUCUCGAAGGAGGCCGAAUUCUUGGAGAGUUGGCACGCGAAGCGUCUCGGCGUCACGAUUGGUCAAGUAGAGUGUCUUGUGCACGUGCACAUGCUCAAAGGACUUAUCAAAACCGAAGAGGGCGCGUUGACGAAGGAAUACGCCGAAAACCCCAGCUUAUGCAGCGUCUAUGCCUCUCAGACCAUUGUGGAUGAGGUUGUCAACGAAGACGAGCGAUUUAUCGAGAAGGAGGCGCUUCCCAUUGAGCAGGAAUUGCCGUUAGGUACCAGGGCCUUUUUCCUCGGUGAGUAUGCCUAUGGCCGACCCCUAGAGGUCACUGGGCAUGUCAAGGGCAAGACGGAGGUUGUCGUUUCCAUUCCGAAAAAUAAAGAAAUUGAAUUCUCCAAGAGAAUUAUCCACCAGGCCGAGCGCAGCAACCCCUACACACCGUCCUUCGCGGUAGCGAAACACUUAAGCAUGCACCCCCUGGUGCUGAGCAAAAUCACAUCAUCCUAUCAGGUUAGCACUGUCGCAGGGCUGAAACUCAACCUGGGCCUCAACCUCAAGUUUGAGGCUCGCAAGCUCAAGGUUCUUGGAUAUUCUCGAAAGGCACACACUGGAUGGGAGUUCAGCUCCUUGGCAAUAAAGCUCAUUGCUGAUUACAUGGUCGCGUUUCCCGAUUUCUUCGCGGCUAUCCAGAAAGAGCCCCAGAAAAGUGAGAUCUGCGAGACCGACCUGUGGAAUGACCCUGCCGUUGCCUCGCAGCGCGUGAAGGAUAUUGUUGCUUGGCUGAAGAAGCAGGAAACAAGCAAGUUUGAGCGGGUGCCCCUCGAGGCGGAGCAGCUUGACUCCGAAGUCGUCAUGACUUUGGCCAAUGCUGGCGAGCAAGUGUUCCAAGCUUCCCAAGACGUCGAAAUCAAGAAGCUCAAGGGCGUACCGCGCGCAGCAAUCCUGAAGCCAUCUGAUGCAGAGUUGGUUCUGGGCAACCAGAAUUUCUGCUUGGGUGAUCGCGUCACCUUUGCUGCCUCGGCUGGUAAAGUACCUAUUGCUACACGGGGAACAGUGGCGGGCAUCAGUAGAACUGCCACCGCCCUGCUCCUCGACGUGGUGUGGGACACGUCAUUUAUGAGUGGCACAACUCUGGGCGAACGGGCUCCCGUGUUCCGAGGCCAAACCGUACCGUCUUCAUCUGUCUUGAACACGACGGACAAGCAGGUCAUCUCUGCGUCCAGCAAGUCCCAGCAGAAGCGAGCUACAUCGACAAUGUCGACAGGCUUUUACGGAUCCGUUGGUGUCCCCCAGUACAAGGACGCUGCCGCUCCCGCGCCUCUACGUGGUGGCUGGCGUGGUGCUCUCAACGGCAGUGGCCACAGCACCCCCGGACGAAACUCCCCGAGUAGGGGAUCGCCUGGUAGGGGUAGAGGCAGCCCGAGAAUGGGACCCCAGCGCGGCGGCAGCAAUGGGCCCGCACCCAACUUGCUUCACAGCACGCUGGUGUAUCGUGAUGGCGCUGGUGGGACGCCUCCUCUCGGGCAAACUACCAACGGGACGACUUGGCGAGGUAACGGUCGAGGCAGAGGCCGUGGCAAUCAUCAAGGGACGCCUAGCCCCCAGCCCGGCAAAUACAGCAGCGUUCCACCUCCCGCGAGCCUGGACAGCAACGGCGGUGGACGGGGCCGUGGUCGUGGUCGCGGUCGCGGUGGCCUGAACAGAGGAAGAGGAGGCAAUGGCCGGGGAGGAGCUCCUCCCUCGGCCCAAAGCUAG